AUGUCCAAGGUUCCGCUGCUCAUGCGCUCGUCCCCGGCGCAGGGCACAGGCUCGUACGGCGCCCUUCCUGUCCACAUGCUGAGCACCAGCAACGAAAGUACCGAUCCCGAGGACAAUGAUCUCGACUACAUCCUGCGUCACGGUCGCCGCCGUGAAAAGAGUCACCUGCGCCAGGCUGAAGCCAAUGCCGAAGACAACGUGCCCGAGUCGAGUAGCAGACGAUCUGGAUCCACCGGCCGACUCUUGAAUGGCGGCACACACAAGGGUACAAGGAGGAGUCGACGAAAGGGUUCCUCAACCCUGGCUGACGCUGUCAAUGAGGCCAAUAAUGAUCCUGCCGUAGAGGCUUGGGUCGGUGAUUUGGACGGUGCUGAAGCGCCCACCAUCCAAGGCACCAUCAAGUCCAGGGCCGAUGUUCCUCUUGAAGACUCUUCCGAAGACCACUCUGACAGCUCGGAGGCUAUAGAGGUGGACGGCUCGGAGGACGAAGAUGAUCUGCAUGACCGCAAGGCAGCCGAAGACAGCCCUCCAGAUGAUUCUCCCUACGCCCAAGUGCGAGCCUCGGUCAAGCCGACUGACGAUACCUCUCUAUCUAUCAAUACGCCACGCAUGUGGGUUCUGGCCAUGGUCUUCUCAAUCAUGGGCUCUUCCACCAACCUAUUCUUUUCCCUGAGAUUCCCUAGUGUUAGCAUAACACCAGUCAUAGCCCUUCUCCUGGUGCAUCCUCUUGGUCUACUUUGGGAUCGGCUUUUUAAGUGCAGCGAUGACCCAAUCGAGGUCUUUUCCAAUGGAUCGCUGCACCACAGAGCCAACGACCAAAGCGAGUACACUCCGGUCAAUGAGUCCGUCGAUCUGCAAGACGAGGAUAGUGAUGAACAUGUCACACGAGAGGUCAAGCAGGCAAGAGGCUGGACUCGCAGCUGUCGGCUUUGGCUAGCGCAGGGUUCUUGGAACGAGAAAGAGCAUUGCUGUGUCUAUAUUGCUAGCAACGUCUCAUUUGGCUUUGCAUUCGCAACAGACGUCAUUGUUGAACAAUCGCAGUUCUACCACCAGACACUGAGCAUAACUUACCAGAUCCUCCUCACCAUUUCUACGCAGGUCCUCGGUUAUGCUCUAGCUGGUCUUACAAGACGAUUCCUUGUCCGACCUAGUGGCAUGAUCUGGCCCGGCACCUUGAUAUCAACCUCGAUGUUCACCACGUUACACAAGCAGGACAACGCACCAGCCAACGGAUGGCAAAUUUCCCGCAUGAAGUUCUUCCUUUAUGUGUUCCUCGGUUCAGCGGCCUUCUAUUUCCUGCCUGGUCUGUUGUUUCCGGCGCUUAGCUACUUCAACGUCGUCACAUGGUUCGCACCAAAGAACGUUGUCGUUGCUAACCUUUUCGGUAUUGCCUCUGGCCUUGGUCUAUUUCCUUUGACCUUUGAUUGGUCCCAGAUUGCGUACAUUGGAUCGCCCCUGGUGGUUCCGUUUUGGGCUGCUCUUAAUAUUGUUGGAGGCUUGGUGGUUGUCAUGUGGAUCAUGGCCCCAAUAAUGUACUACUGCAACGUCAUGUGGUCUUCGUAUAUGCCGAUCCUAUCAGCCGCUGUAUUUGACAACACAGGCAAGCCGUACGAUGUCGGCAAGAUCUUGACGGAAGACUUUCUCUUUGAUGAGAAGGCAUAUCUCAACUACAGCAGGGUGUUUUUACCAAUCACCUAUGUCCUUAGCUACGCGUUGCAGUUUGCUGCACUGGCUGCUCUGAUCACACAUACCGCAUGCUGGCAUGGCAAAGAUAUCUGGCGGCAAUGGAAGAGGUCAUUAGUCGAGAUCAGGGGUCAAGCUAACCAACAAGCCGAGUACCAACCAGUUUCUCAAGAGGAGCGCCCGCCGCGCGAACGUCCGCUGCGCCACGCGCGCUCAUCCCGCAGCCUUGCCACUUCCGCACCGGAUCUCGACAAUAUGAUGGCGGUUGAGGACGUUCACAACCGCCUGAUGAGGAGAUAUGAAGACGUUCCUAUUAUGUGGUAUCUGGUGACUGGUGCACUAAUGACUGCUAUUGGGAUGUUUGUGGUGGAGUAUUACCCCAUCCAUCUCCCUUGGUACGGUCUCCUCCUGGCCCUCGGCAUCUGCACCGUCCUGUUCAUCCCAAUUGGUAUUGUCAUGGCCAUCACGAACCAGCAGUCAUCCCUUUACCUCAUCUGCCAACUCAUUUGCGGUGUCGUCUUCCCUGGCCGUCCUGUUGCCAACAUGGUGUUUGUCACUUACGGUUAUAUCACCUCGACUCAAGGGCUCAAGUUUUCUUCCGAUCUAAAAUUGGGUCACUACAUGAAAAUCCCACCCAAGAUCCUUUUUACGCUGCAGCUGGCCGCUACCAUUAUCUCCUCCCUUACACAAAUCGGUGUGUUGAACUGGAUGCUCAACAACAUUCCCGGUGUUUGCACGCCGCAAGCUAUCAACGGGUUUACCUGCCCUAUUGCGCGUGUCCAUUUCAACGGCAGUAUCCUCUGGGGUGUAGUUGGCCCUUCUCGCUUCUUUGGCCCUGGAGCCCUCUACCGUCCGCUAGUCUGGGCGUUCCUGGUUGGCGCUCUGGCGCCUAUCGGAGUAUGGUUGGCUGGUCGCAAGCAAAAGCGCAGCAUUUGGCGCAAGGUCAAUCUGCCUGUACUUUUCGGCUCCCUCAGCUGGAUCCCCCCAGCAACUGGCCUCAACUUUUCUGUCUGGGCCGUUGUCUGUUGGGUUUUCAAUGAUCUGAUCCGCAGGCGGCACGGUGCAUGGUGGCGCAAAUACACCAUGACACUUAGUGCGGCACUGGAUUCCGGUGUCGCGGUGGGUGUUGUUGUCGUUUUCUUCGGUGUCAUAUAUCCCGGCUGGAUGAGCGGCUUUAAGUGGUGGGGUACGGAAGUGUACAAGCAGGGCUGCGACUGGCAAGCUUGUUCAUACAAGACCGUGCAACCAGGCGGGCACUUCGGGCCAGACAAUUGGUGA